UUUAGUUAUAUUUUUGUUGUUGUUUUACACGUUGUAGGGUUAUACAACUUGAAGGAACAUUUCAUUUUGAACUAAGAAAACAAAAAAAAAAAGUGUUUGCUUCUUUGUUUAGCAAGAACAGUAAGCUGUGAUUUUCAUUGAAGAAUUUUUUGAAUAAUUAUCGUAAAUUUAAAAUAGAGGGUGCUUAUACACAUCCAUAUUUAAAUCAGUGAUCAAAAAUGUUUCGGAAUAAGUACGACACUGACAUUACCACAUGGAGUCCCAAUGGUCGCCUUUUCCAAUUGGAAUACGCGAAUGAAGCUGUAAACAAUGGUUCAGCAGCGGUGGGGGUUAAAGGAGUUGACUACGCCGUUCUCGUGGCACUUAAGCGCAGUCCUGCUGCGGAAUUAUCUUCUUACCAGGAAAAAGUCUUUGAGUUGGAUGAGCACGUUGGCAUGGCGAUUUCUGGCCUGGUAUCCGAUGGACGUAUUUUGGCUCGUUUUAUUCGAGAGGAGUGCAUGAAUUACCGUUACAUGUAUGGUGGAAGCCUACCUAUUAAUCAACUUGCCGACAUGCUUGCUGAAAAGCAUCAGAGGCACAUUCAAUUUGCGGGAAAGCGUCCUUUCGGUGUGGGUCUUCUUAUUUCUGGUAGCGAUCGACAAGGGCCACAUCUUUAUCAGACAUUGCCCACCGGAGACGUUUUUGAUUUCAAAGCAACUGCCAUGGGUGUGCGCUCCCAGGCGUCGCGCACAUAUCUGGAAAGACACUAUCAGACAUUCACGAGCUGUUCACUGGAUAAGCUUGUUAUGCACGCGCUAAAUGCACUUGCUUGUGCCACUUCAGAAGGGGUGGAGUUAAACAUUAAGAAUACCACCAUCGCAGUGGUUGGAAAGGACACUCCUUUUACAGUUCUUGACGAAGAAGCUUCGAGAAAGUAUUUGGAUGGAUUUAAAAUGAGCCCAGAGAGUCGUGUGGUACAGGCUGAGAAUGAAGAGGAAGAAGUAAUUACUGAGCAGCCGCUGGAUCUCGAUGAAUAAGUAAUCAAUGAGGCUAAUACCCUGAAAUGAAAGAGGCGAGUACAUGUGUCGUUCCUCAUUAUUAUUAUUAUUAUUAUUAGUAUUUCUCACAAUAAUACGUUGAGUGCACAACUGGAAGGAGAAAUGCAAGUGACUUAGUAUUUUAGACAGUGGCUGUUAAAAUGGUUUAUCAGGUGAUGAAAAUAUAUAACCACGGCAGCUGAAACUUCGAGAUUGACGAACUCCA